AUGCAAGCCAUUGCCCAAGACCCCCGCUGCGCCAUUGUGUUAGAGGCGCCACACCGCAUUGCCGCGCUUUUUGCCGUACUGGGCAACCUGGGCGAGCGGGUGGUUACCAUAGGGCGCGAGAUCAGCAAGCAAUUUGAAGAGAUCGCCUCUAUGCCUGCCAGUCAAGCUGCCGCUUGGUUGGUAGAAAAACCCAAACGCAGCCAGGGUGAGUUCGCCCUACUGAUACACCCCCUGCCCUCUACCCAGAGCAGCAAUGAGGCCGAAACAUCGCGCAUACUCGCGUUGCUAUUGGACGAGCUACCUGUAAAAACAGCCGCUAAGCUGACAGCGGAAAUCACCGGUCAAGCCCGUAACCCGCUUUAUGAGCUGGCUUUGCGUAUAAAAGGUGACCUUCCAACACCAUAG